UUUGUUAGUUGCUAUGGCAACAAUAUUCUUUCUAACCUUGGCUAGCCACUUAACGCUAGGUAACGCAGUUCAUGCUACUUUCCUCCCGAACAAACAAUGAUAAAAGUUUUAAAAGAUAGAGACAUGUCCCAAAGUAACGAAGCUCAUAUGGACCGUUUAGUUGACAACCUCAUAGAAGAUGAAGCUGAGAGAGAGAGACUUCUCACCAAACCUACCUGCUUCAUUAUAGUUGGAAGACCGGGUGUUGGCAAAUCUACCUUGGCCAAAAAAAUUGCAGAGUCCUGGAAGUGUAUUUUGAUUGAUGACACAGAUCUGCUUAACACACAUAUUAAAAAUAAAACAAAGGAAGGUAAAGAGCUCUUGGAUAUCUUAUCCGAGGGGAAAAGUGUACCAGAAGACAUGGUGCUCCAGCUCAUACUUGCCAAGCUUAACUCACCAAAUGUGGAGCACUAUGGAUAUGUACUGAGCUGCCUGCCGUGCAUGUCAGAGGAGUGUCUGAAGAUUCGUGAGCAGAUUGAGCUGAUCAAAAACCUCAAGCUAACACCUGAUUUCAUCAUCAACAUCAAGUGUGCGGACAAGGACCUGGUCCAGAGGCUGUCAGGUCAGAAGCAGCACCCAGAGACGGGGCAGUUGUACAACAGGGAUCAGUGGUUGCGUGAGGACGUGUUUAACAAGAAGAAGGAGAACAAAGACGAGGAAGUGGAGGAUGAAGAGGAGCAGGCUGCAGAAGAGGAACUCCAAAAGGAUAUUAUAGACCAGAUGGUGUGGACACCAGAGAAUUUGGCCAGAAAUGCUUCUCGUAGAAUCAACACAUAUAAGGAUAAAAUGCUCAGACCACUGGAGGACUACAUGACGGACCACAACCCCCUCUACCUGUUGGAGCUGGAUGGAAACAACAAACCUGAAGAGCUGCACUCUUCUGUAAUGUCCCGUGUUGGAUCCAUGGCAAUACAGCGUGUCUCCAUUCCAGUCCUCCUCCACCAGAAUGAUGAUGAAGAAUUGCCAGAAGACAUUGACACGGAGGACCUACUGAGAAUUAUGUCCUCCUCCAAGGUGGUUGCCCCUAGCUUUAGGUGGAGAAGAAGCCUCUGGGGGCGAACCUGUCCUGUUGCUCUGAAAGAAGGCAUGGUCAUUCCUGGCAAGCCUGAAUUAUCUGUGGGCUUCCAGGACAAACUGUACAUCCUUUCAUCUCAAGAGGCCUGCCAGAAGUUUGUUGCAAACCCCAGACGGUACUUGCUUCCUCCAAUGCCCCGGCCUCCAUGCAGGGUUUCCAUUAUUGGACCCCCACAGGCAGGCACGAGCACCCUAUGUAAGCUUCUAGCUCAGAACUACGGCGCACUGGUGCUUGACAUGAACGAACUUGUGCAGCCAGUUCUGGCCAAGGUUGAGCAGGAGAGGCUUGACAAGAUCAAAGAGGAGACCACACAGGUUGCGAUAGAGAAAAUCAAGAUGGAGAUGGAUGCCGGACAGAAUUUGGUGACAGAAGAUCAUCCAGAAGUAAAAGCCAUGGUGCUUAGUGCACUGGAGGAAGCCAAAAAUAUGAGCACAUCUCCCUUUGGACUGUAUGCAGAGGUACUGGAGAAGCGUAUAAAAGAGAUUGAAGAGGCAGACACUGAUGCAGAGCUCAGGACUGGCUGGGUGCUUGACAACUUUCCCAAGAACUGCUCCCAAAUGUAUGCUUUACAACAAGGUGGAAUCCUGCCAGACAUGCUCUUCUAUCUCAAAGACAGUGAUGGAAAUCAAGUUUUGAGCAGAUUGUAUGAGAAGAACAAGGAGAGCGUGGACAAAGCAGUAAGGGAGAGGAUUCAGGAUCAACAGUCAGAGAAGGAGAAAGAGGCCUUAAGCCACAAGGUGCAGGAAACUGAGGUAGAGGCCAAGCCUGCAGAUCUGGUGUCAAAUCUAGACACAGUUGUCGAAGAGCCUGAAGAAAAUCCUGAGCAAUCUGAGACUGACAGCACAGCACACUCUGACAGAAACAAAAAGGAAGCUUCGGCACUACCCAAUAACUGGAAGCUGGGUUAUCCAGACGGCCCGGAGAUGAAUGACUAUAAACUGCAACUGCAACAGUUUGUGUCAGAAUGGGAGCAAAUGCGGUCCACUUUACCUGUCAAUCACUCAGUACUGGAGAUUAGUGGCAAGUGCCCCGAGGACCUGCUUAAAGAGAUCAUCCAUCAGAUGGAGAAACCUUUCAAGUAUGUGUCCUGGGAGGUGUCACCAGUGGACCUGGAUGAGGAAGCAGAGGAUAUCGAGGCCUUAGCAGAGCUGGAGAGAGCUGAGGAAGGCAGCAGCGACAAUGACGCAGCAGAUGAGGAGGACGAAAGGGACACAACAGUCAAGAGAUUAUUGGGUGAUACCCACCACUUCUGUCCUGUGACCUUAAAAAACCACAACAUCCUGUGGCCCUGCACGGAUGAAAUUGCAGCCAAGUACCGAGAGAAGACCUAUUAUUUCUCCAGCAUAGAGGCCAAGGAAUCCUUCCUUCAAAACCCUCAACAAUUUGUUGCACAGAUGGAGCCUUUCAAGCCUCCUGCCCUACGGAUAUUUUUGCUUGGUGUCCGAGGGUCAGGGAAGACCACUCAAGGUGAGUGGCUUGCCCAUCAACUUGGCCUUUUCCAUAUUCAGUUCAGGGAGCAGCUCCAAAUGCUCAUAAUGGCCAAGACAAAGAGGCGAGUGCCUUACACUGAUGAGGUAGAAACUUCAGAGGAGUCUCCUGAGGACUUGGAAGCCCUGAUAAGGGAAGCCAGGGGGGAGGAGGAGGAGGAAGAGGAGACAGAGGAUACCUCUGUCAACAUGGAGGAAGUGGUUCUGACUGAUGAGGAAAAGGCCAUCCAAGCCUAUUUGUCUGAUGGAGAACCACUGGCUCCACAGAUCCUGGAUAUGGUUAUCGCACCAUACUGGAAACAGGAGCCUUACAUGUCCACAGGUUUUAUCUUGGAGGGAUUCCCUCAUACUCCUGAUGAGGUGCAGUACAUGUUGCAGCAACAGCUUUUCCCUGACAUUGUGGUAACCAUGACGGUGGAUGUCACGGAUGUUCAGAAGCGUCUGUUGCCAACAUACCUGGAGAACUGGCGUGAGCGCCGCAACCACCGUGAAGCACAGCUGAAGCUCCUGCAUGAUCUACGUAAGAAGAAUCGGGAGGAGAGUAUUGUCAGGAGAAGAGCUGAACUCAUGGAAGAGAAAGGCGCUAUGUCAGUCAAAACAAAGGAUGAAGAAGAUGAUGAAGAGGAUGAAGCUGCAGACAACAUAGAGGAUGAGAUAGAGGCCAUGCUGGAAGAGGAGUUCACUCUAGAAGAGGAAAAUGAUGACACGGAGAGUGAGGAGACUGAGCAGGCUGCUACUGAGAGGCUGGAGACAGAGAUAGAAGAGCGUUUUGUUACAGAUGAAAACAACGUUGUUCCUGUGACGGAGUUACUGAGUGAACAAAACAUACCCAAGGUGUCUAUCAGUGCGUCCCGCAAGCUGGGGAUUGUGCGGCAUCAGCUGCUCAAUAAAAUCCAGCCUCUGCUGACCAACAGAGAAUCACUCUUCCAAAAAUGCCAACCCAUCUCAUACACCCUGGCACUUAAGCUCCUGUUCUCCUCCUACAAGCGCCACAGUGCCUUCGGCUGCUGGGACCCAAUCAAGCAAUACAAAGAGGGAGACUUAAUCCAGCCGCUGCAGUGGCCUCUCAAUACCACUUAUCCCCUGCUCUUCCAUCAGUAUAUCUACUUCUUUGCAUCUAAGGAGAACCGCAACACAUUUAUGCUCAACCCCUUGAAAUACCUUAGGCUGCCAAAGCCCAUCCCAUCCCUUCCUGUGAAAAUGGCUGUUGUUGGACCAACCAAAUCUGGAAAAACUACUGUGGCACAGAUGUUUGCUCAGAAGUAUGGCUUGGCUCGGCUGUCCAUCGGUGGUGUUAUGCGUAUGGUUCUUAACACUCAGGAGCACACUGAUCUAGCUGUACAGACGAAAAAGCAUCUCUCCCAGGGUCUUGUUGUGCCUGAUGAACUGGCAAUCCAGUGCUUGGAGGUGGCGCUCAUGAGCACGGUCUGCAGCACUCGAGGGUAUGUGUUGGAUGGUUUUCCAAUGACACUUAAGCAGGCAGAGCUAAUGGGGUCCCGGAGCAUCAUCCCCAUGAUAGUAGUUGAGCUGGAGCUGGACACAGUGGAGGUGUUGAAGAGAGGCCUUGUAGACAAGAUGAAGCCCAACAAGCCUCACCUGAUGCAUGACAGCUCAGAGAUCCUCCACAUUCGUAACUCCUGCUACAAGCAGGAGGUGGAGCAUGUGAGGCAGCACUUCCAACAACAAUAUCAGAACUGGAUCCAGCUCAGUGGAUUAAAGAGCAAAUGGUGCAUCUGGGACAGCAUCUUAAAGGAGGUCAGCAUCAGCAUGAAAUAUAUCCACAGCUACCUGGAGAGGACCCGCAGGGGACAAGCAGCCUGCAUCAACAGGUUGUGCAUUACACCUAAGGAGCUGCAAUGUCAGCUGGGCGAGUUCGGGCUGUACUGCCCGGUCUGCCUGGCCCUACAUUACCACCUGGUGGACUGCUCAGAAACUGCAUCCCUGGUGUAUGCAGCUGAGUACAGAGCACAUUAUUACAAAAUGUGUGGCAAUGAUCAUUUAGAGAAGUUCCUUGCCACUCCAGAUCAAUUUGUGACCCCUGGCUGUCCCCACACUCUCCCAGAACCCCACCUGCUGCCAAAAAAGCUAACAGAGAUUCAGGUGAAGAACAGGUUUCCACAGCAAGUUGAGAUGAAAGGCUUCUGCCCUGUCACUUAUCUGGAUGGAAAACAGAGGUAUGAAGCCCUGGUUCGAGGAAACGUGGAAUAUGCUGUGGAAUACAGAGAACAAAUCUACAUAUUUGAGACAAAGCAGAAACAGGACAAGUUUUUGAGGGCUCCUGAAACCUACUGGGACCAGAAGUUACCCAGUAAAGUUCCUCCUCUUUGUGAGCCUGUACCCCUCACCUCCCUUCCAACGUUGGGCUAUCUGGAGCAGGGUGUGGCAGUAGCAGUCAUCAAGGCCAUGACAGCUGUUGGGUGUCUCAAACCAAAGUAUCCCUUCCUCAGUAUACAGAGAUCAGCUCUCCUCUAUGUGGCCUACUAUCUGAAAGCUUUCAACCACCAGAGCACAGAUUACAUUCGCCAGAAGUACAAAAAGCAGCUGGCCAUGUUUGAAGAGAACUGUGCGCUCAUUCCUUACCUGAGCUCAUCAAUGAGAGGGAACUACAGGCCUCCCAGUGAACGUCCCAUUGACUUUGAGUUCAAACUUAUCAGGUUCCUGGCCUUGGAAGACCUGCCAGGAGCCAGUGAUGUGAUGUAGCUUUGCCUGUUAUCUCAUUUGGAUUACAGCGUGUUAUUGUAUAUUUUAUGAGGAUAGGAAGAUAGGAUGAACUGUGUGACAACAAAGUCAUUCCAAAUAUAUUUUAAAAGUAACCUAAUAAUUUAUCUAAUUGAGAGUUGUCUGUAUUAGAGCAUUCAUCAUCAUCAAGAAAUAAAUCUUUUUCUUGGGUCAUUACUUUAA